GCGCGGCGUGCGACUGGUAGAGUGCGGAGUAGCUGAGCGGGAGGCGCAGGAAUCAUUAUCCAGAGACCUGCAGAAGACCACAAGAAAACAUGGGGAGGAUUUUUCUCACAGGAGAAAAAGCUAAUUCUGUAUUAAAACGUUACCCAAGAGCUAAUGGACUCUUUGAAGAAAUAAGACAGGGCAACAUAGAGCGUGAGUGUAAAGAAGAAGUCUGCACAUUUGAAGAAGCAAGAGAAGCUUUUGAAAAUAAUGAAAAAACUGUAAGUAUGUUGGCCAUUGAAAAAUUAUAGAUAUACCAACCUUUUUGAUGUACGUUUAGA